GGCUCUCAGUCUGGCUGCCGGCUCGCUGUGAGCGCGGCGUGCCCAUAGGGGAGACGGACAUCGCCGCUUCCUUUCACCCCCAUCACACCUUCCCUCUCCUCAUCCCUCUCAUCUCUCGCCCCCCCCCGGAAUGGAUUGUUAGUGCCAGUGCAAUGGAUGAAGAAUGAUGGAAUUGUUCCACACCAUCCUGCUGCUCCUAUCGCUUUCCCACAGCCGCUUGAUCGCGAGCGCCGAUAGGAAAUUCGGCUGCUUGUUUGAAGCUGAUGUGUGCAAACCCUAUGAGAUCUGUGUAAAUGAUGGAAUAUUCGGGAGGUGUCAGCUGGUCACGGUGAUAGACGUAGAUAAAUACGAAGUUUCACCAGCCGAUCUUCAACGCCUCCGGACUGUCCUCCAGGAACUGUCCCUCAGAGGUUUAAUGUGGCAUGAUGACGUUACUCAGCAGGUAAUUGCGAAAGAACUGUCCAAUCUCCAUCAGAGCCAUCACCCACAUCCAGAAACUGGCCCAUCAGACAGCUUAAGGGCUACACAAGAAAAAGUCACAAGUGAGGAAAGUUAUGAAAGGGCAGAUCAUGGUGACCUGCAAGGAUUCAAUUCUCUCCAUCAGUACCUUCAGCUCCUCAGUGCUUUCUCGCAGCCAGCUAAUCCCAUGCCAUCUCAUAAGAGCAGAAAUGACAAGAGUGAGACCGCCCAGUCGAGUUCCGCCUUGGAUGACUUCCUGCAAAGUAACCGAGGGAAAUCUCCGUCAAGCCAGUUCCUUGCAUUUCAUCAUCAAUUUCCCGACAGCAAACAAGGUCAAGCCGGGCCCUUAAGACUUCUCAAGCAGGAGAGAGGUCAUCUUCAGCCACAGGUCCCUGCCCCUGUCAGUGAGGCCAUCGACAGAAAGCAACUGAUAGCACUUCUGGAGAGAUAUUUGUCACAGAAACUGGCAGUGCAGGCUACUACGCCGGGGAACGAGCCUGAAGUGUGGCUUAAGGAAACAAAGGGCUCAUCGAGGAGCAAACAGCAGGAAGGACCCAGUGAAGAGAGCCAGGGGGGUCAUCCAAGGAUGGAUGGGCUACCUCUGAAAGCUGACGAUAGGCUGCCAGAGGUGAAAACGGAGAAAGUGCUGCACGAAUCCAGUGCUGGGGAAAUCAAUGCAAACAAUCUGCUCAGCCACAUGGAUGAAAAUUUCAUUCAUUCUGUGGUGCAGCAGCUUGGGACACAGCAUGUAAACCUUGACAGUCUGAAUUCCAAACAGCUCGAUGAAUUGUCCGACGUCAUCGCUGAUGCUUUGCAAGUUGUCGAUGAUGACACUCCCCAUGAUGGCAGCAGAAACAGCCUCGAGACUAACCAAGACCUUCAGCAGAAGGAAGAAGAGAAAGCGAUGAUGAGAAAUGAGCUCCAUCUGGGCAAGCAUGAUGAUGGAUUCAAUGAAGGCUUCCCUGAGCAGAGUCAGCCUUUCAAAACAGCAGCCGAGAGCGAUGAAGUCAAGAAGAGUCUCGCUGACAUUCUGAACGUCGACUCCUUAUACAUCAGGCCUCUCAAAAACCAAGUUCAAAUGUUUGAUUCCUCAAGUAAAGAAAAGGUUGGAAUAGAAAAUGUGAAAAGCCACACUAUCACCAGAGAAGUGGCCAACACCAGAAAGUCAGAAGAUGGUAUCUUUGACUCUGUAGAAGAACCAAAUCAAAGGGUCGAUGGAAGUCUGAUGUACAAGGAACCACAGAAGAAGAACUCUCAGUUGGGAGAUCAGCGCCUGGAUGUAUCUGCAUCUGAAACAAACAUGUACGGCUAUAUUGUGACCCAGCAAAACCCCCUGAGUUCUGAGAAGGGCUUGGAAUUAAUGGAAUAUUUGUCACAUCUUCUGAAGCUGCAAAUCAGUAUCUUUGAAGAUAUCAGUAUGCUGGGACCAGCUGUGAUCUUCCAAGUCAAAGCCGUCGGUCAAAACGUGUCAACAGCUGAUGUGGUGAACGUAGCAGUGAUCAACAAAGAAAAACUGGAAAAAGAAACAGGAUUAAAAAUCUUGCAAACUGGCAUGAGAGAAAAGAGUAAACUGCUGGCUUUCCCCCAACGUGCCAAUGAAGAGGACUCGACCAAAUUUAUUAUCUUAACAAUAAUCUCCAUCGUCUGCAUCAUUGGGGUCCUUGUUGCAUCGGGAGUCAUCUACUGCCUCAGGCAUAGCUCUCAUCAGAAACUGAAGGCAAAGCUGGGCACACUGGGACAUGAUGCCACCGCUGGUUCCGAUGCCACGAAUGCCUACCAGGAGCUUUGCCGCCAGCGUAUGGCAAUCAAGACAUCAGAGCGCCCAGAGCCUACCCACGCCUCUCGUGUCAAUAGCGUCUCCUCCCAGUUCAGUGAUGGCCCACAGCCCAGUCCUUCCACACGGAGCAGCACCUCUUCAUGGUGUGAGGAACCAGUUCAGUCGAACAUGGACAUCUCCACUGGACACAUGAUACUGUCUUAUAUGGAGGACCAUCUGAGGAACAAGAACCGUCUGGAGAAAGAAUGGGAAGCACUGGCUGCCUACCAGGCUGAACCGAACACCAGCAGCAUCGCAGAGAGGGAGGAGAAUGAAAAGAAGAACAGGUCUCAACUGGUCGUGCCAUAUGAUCACUCUAGAAUAACGUUGAAAGUUGAAUCCAGUCAUUCAAAUUCAGACUACAUCAAUGCAAGCCCAAUUAUGGAUCAUGAUCCUAGGAACCCUGCAUACAUUGCGGCUCAAGGCCCCCUCCCUGCCACUGUUGCAGAUUUCUGGCAGAUGGUUUGGGAAAAUGGCUGUGUUGUUAUCGUCAUGCUGACGCCCUUAACAGAGAAUGGAGUCAAGCAAUGCUACCACUAUUGGCCAGAUGAGGGUUCAAACCUCUACCACAUCUAUGAGGUUAACCUUGUCUCCGAGCACAUCUGGUGUGAAGAUUUCCUGGUACGCAGCUUUUACCUCAAAAACCUCCAGACGAACGAGACACGCACAGUCACUCAAUUCCAUUUCUUAAGCUGGUUUGACCAAGCUGUCCCCUCGUCCACCAGAAUCCUCUUGGACUUCCGCAGAAAGGUAAACAAGUGCUACAGGGGACGCUCAUGUCCGAUAAUUGUUCACUGCAGUGAUGGCGCUGGAAGAUGUGGGACCUACAUUCUGAUUGACAUGGUUCUGAAUAGGAUGGCCAAAGAUUGUGGUUUAUUGGCAGGUGCUAAGGAGAUCGAUAUUGCUGCUACGCUGGAACAUUUGCGAGACCAGAGACCAAUGAUGGUUCAGACAAAGGAGCAGUUUGAGUUUGCACUGACGGCAGUAGCUGAGGAGGUGAACGCCAUCCUGAAGGCCCUACCACAGUGAGAGUCAACUGGAGAUGCCUCCUGGCUCCAACACUUUAAUCCUGCCGAUCUCCGUGAAUGUUGUAGAAAACGUGAUCUGAUCUUGGCUGUGUAACUUCUCUUUUAACACAUUUAGAAAAUGUGUCCAUUUAACAUCUGUAAUUGAUGCAAACCUUAACUCAAGAAAAUUAACUCCAAACGGUUUCCAGGUAGGAAGAACGAAAGAUCAGAUGAGAAGUAUUUGUACAUAUGCUGUUUUUUUGGGACCGGACAGAACUGGGUGCAAAAUUCUUGAGGAGAAAGCCCAGAACACGUUCACGGCAGAUCUGAGUAUGUUGUAAAGUCAGAGUUUUCAAAACACAACCUUUAUUUUCUAUUCUUUUUGAUAUUGAAGGUUAAAAACAGCCUUUCAGUAUUAAUUCCACAAUAUAUUGAUUCUACUGCUGACAUUACCUGCAUCGGUAUUUUAUAAUGGCCAUAUGACUCUACCUCCUGGUUCUCCUUAGUUGACCUCCCCGUCUAUCUAUGAUGCUAUCCAUCCACAGUAGCAAUGUAACUUGCACACUGUGUUGCUGCGAAAUGCAAUUCUCCUCACAAGAUAACUGCAGCUGGUUUUAAUGGUGUUCGGUAUGAGACUCCCGGAAAUUAAUUUGAGAGAAAUUCUUUCAGCAUUAAACAGAACAUCUCUAAAGUCUGCGAUAAAAUCUUUUCGAAAGUAUUUCGAGGAAGGUUGUCAGCUUUGUUACCGAUGAAUUAUUUUUGGAGGUAUCUGCACUUGAACCAUAUUUAGGACUUGUCCAAUCUCCUACAUACUGCCCUCUCUCCCAUAUGAAUGUGGGAGGUGGACAGCAGGCCAGGCAUGACUGUGCUACUGACUUGCCCUCAAUUCUUCUGGAGAUACUCAUGGCCAUCCCUUAAAGUAUCUACUUGAACUUGUUAACUCACUUUCUAUGGACAUAAUAUAGGCAUCCUGUCAGCUGAAAGGUAGAAUAAUUGCUCUAUCCCAGGUCUAAUCUCUUUUGGAAGUGUCCUUCUGCUGCCCCUGAGCUUUACCUGAUCUCAGCUGCACAGAAGAAUCACAGAGCCAGUAAGUACAGCAAAUACUUCAACAAUCCCACAAUAAUAAUGAUCGAUCAGUCACUUGCCAGAAACACUCAGUUAGAAUGUUGAAUGUAGUAAAUUGUAGCAUGAUUAGUGCUGAAGAAUCUUUCAUUACUCACAUGUGGUGUGUUUGGACAUAUUGUUGGAAUCCUACAUUAUUUAGAAAAGGGAGAAGGUGAUCUAGUAACAGUCCAUUUAGACAGUUUUUCUAAAGCGCUGACAUUUCAUACAAUGAAGAGCACAGGCAGAUGACUGGGGACUGCAGUUAGGUCUGUAGAAGAGCUUGGGUUACUUCCACUCAGGUCUUCCAUCACACUGAAGAGGAAGGUGAUCUUCUGAAUUUAACACUAGAACAUGUUACUGAGACAAUUUGAACAACCUCAGUAUUGCCCCAGCCAUUCCUUGAUAAACAUCACUAAUUGUCUGUUAAAGAAAAGACUUUUCCCUCAUUUAAGCCACAGAUUUAUUGGAAAAUGGGGGUUCUGAGUUCAAAUCCCGUGUAGACUGGGUGUGCUGAGGCUCCUUUCCCAGCGUGCACACAGGAGUUGUAAGUGAAAAUGGUUUGGACAAUCAUACUUGAGUGCUAAUUGUAAGAAGAGAUCAUUGUAAAACAUGUCCAUACAUUUAAGCCAAUAACCAGGUUCCCAGAAAUGAUGUGAUAAAUCACCAUGGUGCUGUUAAGGCCCAUGUUAGGCAUACUAUUCAGUUAUGCUGAAGGGGGCAAUUGGAAAUGGAUCUAAGCACCUUUAUGAUGUGGGAACACUUGCUUACUUUUGUUGAUCUUCGGUGCAAGGCUGACAUGAUAGUCCAGCUGCAUUUAUUUCUUUCCUGUACAGUUUGCAAGUUCAGCUGCCGAAAGGAAGCAAUGAAAUUCCACCUCCUCAAUGAGCAAAAUGCACUGAUGAUGUGAUUAUUGAUCAGGGUCUUACUGAACUACCAGUUCCUGUCCUGUCCCAUUGAAGGUGGCAUCAUUCUCAACUGAUUUUUUUUUAGGAUUCUUCCAUUUCUGGUUGAGUUUCAAUGUCAACAUGUAGGUAACAAUCCUAAGUGUUUGAUUUUAUUCAAUUCUGACAUUUACUACAGUUGGUAGCAAACUUGAUGUUGACACAGAAUAUGUAGUCUUUGUCUGUAAAUAGUCCUAAUCAUGUAAGACCAAUCUCAUAUAUGCCUCUUAAGGAUAUAUUUCAAUUGUUUUAGCUUCACAAAGACAGCACUCUCUUCAAUCGCUUGUGGGUCCUGUUGUGCUAAGUCUUCAAAAGUAACCUAAUGUUUGCCUCUUACUGAUCACUGGUACUUUCCUUUUAUCUAAUAAAU